AUGGAGCUCAUCCUCCUCCUCUUCGUCGUCUGCGGCCUCCUGAUAACAGCAGCUGAUGGAAACAGUAAGAUGUCCGAGAUUUAAGGGGGAAUAUUUUUUAAUGAAUGGAUGAAUGAGCCAAAAAUACAGCAGCAUGGAGGCAGAGUUUAAUAGUUUAAUAGGCUUGAUGUUCAUCUCAUCCUGCCGGUAAGAUGUGAUGAUUUUCCGGUUUUGAUCACGGAUCCAUUUGAAACCUGCAGCAUCAUCUUUACAAGCUGUCAGACUGCUGCAGGUGUGUGUGUGUGUGUGUGUGUGUGUGUGUGUGUGUGUGUGUGUGUGUGUGUGUGUGUGUGUGUGUGUGUGUGUGUGUGUGUAACCUGAGGGCUGCUGCAUCAGUUUGAGGUUUUGACAAAUGAAGGAUCUGGGUGUGUAUCUGCUGCCUGAUGAUGUGUUUUACAUUAGCUGAAGCUGAAUCCACAGUGUUUUUAAAAGUCAUUUUUAUUGAUUGUUUCCUGUCAAAGUUUCUGUGAGGAGUGAUUAAACAGGCUGAUAUAAGGCUGAUGCUUCUUUAUGAUCUGAAACAGGACUAACUGUAGUAAGACUGACAUUUCCUGUUGUUGAAGCCUGUAACUGCUGAGAGGGAGGAGGUGUCAAACAAAGAGCAGCAGGCAGGAAAACUGUGUUUUUAUUUGCAUGAGGAGGUUUUUCAUCUACAAACACUUUUUCAACAUGUACAGGACAAGGCCAGCAAAAAGAUUCGAGCAGGGGCAGAUCUAGAAAAAUAUCCAGGGGGUGGCAAAGAGAUUUUAAAGAGUGGCAGAAACAAGUAAAGUUCAACUUCAACUCCAACAAAGUCAGCACACUGUGUGAAAUGUUAAUAAUAACAUAAUUUGAUGGUUUGUGAUUCAGUUACACACAAUUAUUCAUAUAAAAUACUACAAAGACAAAAUAAUGUGAUUAAUGAAAGUUUGUUUCUGACCUUGAAGUCAUCAACAAGUGUCAUGUAGAGUUAGUGCAGAGACAUGUUUACUGUUGUGUGUCAUCAGCUCUUCUUUUACUAACCCUCUGUUAACCUUAGUGAACCCAGGAGACCAGUUUCUGGACUUUGGAAGAGAAAUCUUGUCCCAUUUUUGCUGAUACAUGAGCCAAUGACCCAUGCUGUUAUAAUCUCUGCAGAAUGUGGUUUGUCAUUGUCUUGCUGAAAUAUGAAGGUCUUCCCUGAAAAACUCUUUGUCUGGAUGGCAGCAGAUGUUGCUCCUAAACCUGUAGAUAUGAUUCAGCAUUAAAGGAGCCUUCACAGAAGUGUGAAGAACCCAUGUUCAUGAACUGUGCACCUAAAACGAGCCAGAGGGUCCCUCUGUGAUCCCUGACAGUGGUUUCUGUGGUUUUCACUACAGAGUCCUCUCUGUUUUUAACGCAGUGCUUUCAAAGAUCAUGGUCAUCCAUUAUUAGGACCAGAACCUUCAACCUGAUUUCAGUCUUUUUUUAAACACAAAUCAACCUUUUAAUCCCAGUUUGAGUUCACUGUAAAUUCAUCAAUAUUCAUUAUGUGCAGCAGAUUAAACUUUUAAAAACUUCCCUCAUGCAGGUACUAGACCAAAAAGUGAUUGUGCAUUUGCAUGUAAUUUACUUUCUCUAAGUCCUGAUCAUUGGUAGAAGACGUACAUAUUUAUCACUCAGUGCGCUCUGGUUACAAACUCUGAGCUCUAUAAAUUUGUGCACCGAUGUUAAUUCUGUAAAUCAUUUAUCCUUACAAAGAAAAAAAGCUGUCCGGCCUGUUUGUGGUGUCAGUCUGUGUGAGGUUGUUUAAGGUGAGGAGGGUUGGGGGCGGGGCUUAGCAACUCCAUCAACACUAACAGACAGCUGAGAUUAAAUCUGGAUGAAACACCUGAAAGUUCAUGUUUCUCAUUCGAGUCAAGACGUGAAGUUCAGGUUUGUCCUCUCUCUACUGAAGUGUCAACGUAUCAGAAAGUAACACAGCGUUAGUUAUCUCUGUCGGUGUGCCAGCUGGUUCUCAGGAAGGCUCAGGAAGGUUAAGGUGUGCUCAGUAAUUCAGCGUGAUAUAGCUGGAAGUAAAAAAAACUGUAAGGAUUGGCAGCAGACCAAUUUGUAAUUGAAUGUAGACAGGAGAAAGAUAUACUUAUAUACUACUACUACUACUUUAUCAUAGCCAUGCAGAGAUACCUGUUAGUGUGGUUUGACUCAUCAGGCUGCAGAGACAUUGUCUAAUAAAAGCUGUUGGACCAACAGGUGUGAUAAAAGUUUAAUCAUUAGUAAAAAUAUGAGCGCUGUUAUCUCUUCUUCAGUGCUACUCACUCGGCUGAAUGAAUAGUUUAUUCUGAUCAGUUAGUUUAGCACAUUCAUAAAGUUUAUGAUCUCAGCUCUCCCUGUUGACAAUGUGGUAAAAAUCUGUGAAACAUCUGUGAUCAACAUGGAGGAACUUUUAAAAAAAGGAGGAAAUGGCUAAACUCAUAUCUUCUUAUAAUGUGUUAAAGUUAGUUCAUUAAAGAAAAUGUCAGUAAAGGCUGUUUAUUCUUCCUGCUGUGGGUCAUCUCCUCUACAGCAGCAAUGAAAGGCAAUAAAAAUAACAAUAUAAAACAGUCGGUCUGCUGUACUUGGUCUUGUUUACUUUUGAAGGUCAUAAAGAACCAUCAAGCAUCAGUUUCAGUCUGUUUCACACCCAGUGAAAAACCCUCACAGCAGCUGCUGGAGCCAAAAUAUGUUUCUUUGAACAACAAAACAUACAUGUUUAUUCACUUAUUGUACUUAUUUUUCAUGUCAUCACAAUUAAAUCAAUUGUUCUCAGCUAGUUACUAAGUCUUCUAAUAGACUUCAGCUUUCUCUGUAGAAGUCAGACUGCUGUGAAUAUUUAGACUGUAGUUCUGACACUGAACACCAGGUGGCGCCUUGGCUUGUGGUGUGCAUUAAGCUUCAAGUGACUGAAUUCAGAUGUGAAUGGGGCAGAGAGUUUUGACUGUUUAGUUUAUUUAAUUCAAGAAAGUCUGCUCUUUUUUCUGUUUCAUGCUGAUUGUAUUGACUCAACACAUGGUUGAAGAAAUAAUGAAAGGGAAGAAAUGACAAAUCAAAGCUCAGGUGAUGUGCUGGACAUCAGUUUGCAAGAUAAGCAGCUUGUGAGUCACAUCAGGUCUUCAGUGAUUUCUCUGAAACUCAGAGACAGUCAGUCUUGAACAAAAGAUGAAAAUCCAGGAAAUAAAAAGCGUUAAUCUGCUGACAGGAUGGUGUUUGGAAGAAUCUGCUGAGGUCAUGUUGUACACAAAACAGUCCAAUAAUGAAAUAUAAAAAUUAAACAUAAUUCCAUGUGACGUUUUCAUUUCAUUUGUUUGGAAACAUACAGGUGAAUUUUUGUUAUUUUUCAGGUCCAGUGGUGGUGAAAGAAGACAGUGAUGUGGUUUUACCCUGUUCCCUCAGCUCUAAGGAGAACAUUGAGAAAAGGGUGUUUGACUGGAAGAAAGACGGCAGCAAAACUGUGUUUAUGUAUGAAAAUGGCGUUAUCUACGGGAAUGGGCCGCCAGGUCAAGAUCAACAGUUUAAUGGUCGAGUCUCACAUUUUAAAGAUGAACUGAAGAAUGGCAACGCCUCCAUAAAGAUCACAAAGGCCAAGGUGUCUGACAGUGGAAACUACAGCUGUAUUUUUCCACAUCUUCAGACAUUCAACAUCCAGCUGAUUGUCAGUAAGUUCUUUCAUGAAACACUUGAAGGUGUUUCUUUCACUUUCACUAUCAGGACCGGUUUGGGAGUCACAGAAACCCUUUUAACUCGUCAUCAAAUGUUGGGUUGACAUUUUUGACACAUUACAGAUUUGAUUAAACUGCACAUCCAAAUUUCAGGAGACAGUCUAGAUAAAACUUGAACAACGUGUAACUAAGUUGAUAAUAUUCCUCCUUGACAGAUGUUUGUUUGGUGUUUCAAAUAGUAUCAUAAACUUGAGAUUUAUUUUAGUCUAUGUACAUUUUUCCUCUUAAAAUCUCUCUAUUUAAAACCGUUUGAUACAAACACUUAGAGGCAUCAGUUGUUUUGUUUAUCAUAAAGGAUAUAAAAGUUCAAUUGGAAAAGUAUCACACAGGAAAAGAACAACGACAUUGUAUUUGUGUUUUCUCAGCUAAUUCAAAAAUGACUAAGCAGCGAUUUAUUGUACAUGACAGAUUAAUGACAGUGAAGUCGUUCUGAGAUAUUUUACAAAGUGCAGUACAGAAAAUAUCCAGCAGGUGUCCACAGAGCUCUCUCAGACUUUUCCAAAGUAAAUAACAGAAGAAGGUAAAGUUCAUUAUGAUACAAACCAAAAUAUCCUUUUGUGUUAAAUUUGACCAUUUAUGUACAUUCUUGACAUUUAAAUACAGAUUCACAUAUUUUUUUAACAAUUAACUAUGAUCUAAUAUACUAUAUAAAUAAAGCUGAUGAACAGAUGGACUGAAGAGCUUCAGAUAAGAUGAAGUCAUGUUCAUGGAUGAAAGUCUGUCUAAUAGAGAGGUUUUCCGUAAUUAAAUCAUGUUAUUUAAUAUAUGUGCAGCUCUGGUUCUAUAUGUUGUUUAGGCAAAAUUAACAAUAAAACACAACUUUAAGAUGACCAUUUAAAUCUUAACAGAAACAGAUGACACAAAUGUGUAUUUUCUUUCAUAUUUUUAUGAGCAGAUUUAAUAAAUAAGAUGUAUGAUAUUAUUGACAGAAGUCUGUACGAUCUUGGUGCUGUAGACUUAUUUCUGAACAGACACUUUAAGUGUGCAGUGAUUUCUUAUUUUACUCUGCACUGUAAAGUAAUAGGACAGCCUCACUUUCAAACAUGUCUGAGGACAACAGAAGAAGAUGAGGAUCAGGUUUUUAAGAUAAACUGUGCAGAGCUGACAGUGAAGUUAAAACUCAGAGAUAUCCUGAUAAUUUGAUCAGAGGAGACUCCUGCUCUCUGAGUUCAAUCUUUCAAGAUCAGACGGUUUCUUAAAUCAGAGACUUUCUCUUCAGUUUUAGAUGUUUCUCAUAUAAUGUAAUGAAAUGCUUAUUUUGAUUUGCAGUGAUACCUGUGUACAUGCUAACCUUUGUUAUAUUUUGUUUUUCCUUUCAGAGUGCAUCUUAAAGGACAGAACAGCUGAAAACUGCUCAGGUGAGUAAUGAUGUCAUCAUCUACCUGAACAGGUGUGUGUGUGGAGUGUGACCUCACAGGUAUAAGAUCAUUUAUAAACCUUUGACAUUUCACUGACUCUGUUUUUAACAUUCUCCUUAAGUGUAGGGCAUCAUUAAGAAUCAACAGGUAUUAUUUUAAAGAAAAGGCUUUCAGAACACACAAAAACGGGAUUCUUUACUUUAAAAUAUAUAUAUAUAUAUAUUAAGUAGACUACUGAGUUUGCAGAAAUAUUAUUGAUCAAAUGUCAAAGUACAGCAGUGUAACAUUGCCAGCUCUCAUUGGCAUCAUAAGUGACCCCUAAGUAAAACUGCAUUGGUCAGUUCACUGUUCUUUUCAGGCAGAGUAAAUAACGGUGAGACAAGUCUGUAGAAAAAGAUAGUGUUAAUUAAUCAGAUGGGAAAUAACAUCACAAGUGAUGUAAGGCCUUUUACCACUGAACCAGUACAGCUUAAAAAGUAAAAUAAUAAAGGAUAAGUUAAUAAAUGAGUACACAUAACUAAAGCAAAAUUGCACUGAGUUAGAGAACUACAAAAUCUGCAGCAGUAUGUAAACACAACACAACAUAAAGACCUUCAGAUAGUCUGAUUUGUGAUUAAAAAUGAAAAUCCAGAGUAACAAUCAGUUUACAAAAGACACAGAAACUCAUAUAUGAGCUUCACUUGGGGAAAUAAAACCAUGGUAUUGAACAAAUAAUAAAACACUCCUAGCAUGUUUCAGUGUUUGCAGCUUUGACAAUAUACUUAUUAGCAAAGUUUAAAAACCAAUAAAAAGAUGUGAGAAACAGUUAACAGUGGCACAGAUCAUUCAGUGUGACAGAGUAAAUCACCUGUUGGAUUUGAAGUAUUCAAGCUACCUUACAGAAUACAAACCAGCUCUCUGACAAAGUGAAGAAAACUGGGCUAUGUUUGUAUGAUUUUAUAAUUUUAAACAUUCAUAAUAACAGAUGUGUGACGAACAAAAGAAUCACAUUGUUCUGUUUCUAAUGUUGUAAAUAUUCUGUACACAGGUAAAUGUCCAAGGCUAGGUAUCACAUCACUUCAGGGGUCACAGUACUCGUUCCUGCUGCAGUGUCAGGUUUCUGAAGCUUCUCCUAAACCUAAAGUGGAGUGGAGGGACAGUUCUGGAAAGAUCCUUCCUGCUCAAGAGACAAAAGUCACAGAAAGAGGAGGCAGCUACGACAUCAUCCUCCAAACUACAGUGACUAAGACCGACAACUACAGCUGUAUAGUUACACAGGAGCAGGAGGAUAUUUGCCACCAAAUCAAUGCCACAGACUCAAUUUACAUCCAUGGUAAGAUUGUUACAGAGGUUUCAAACUUUUAACCAUUUUCAGAUGAAAUUACAGACUACAUGAGUACUCAGCAUAGCAAACUUGAAGCCAAACUGUAGAUCAGAGGUCUGAACCGCUUUGGAGAUUGCUCACUAAUAUAUGUUUCACUUUGCUACACCACAACCAAGUACUGUCAGGGAAAAAGUUUGGAUGAACUUUUUGUUCUGCAGAAAUAAUUUAGAAGUCCUCUUGCCUGAACUAGUUUAGAUCAUUAAAAAAAACACAUUUUGGAUCAGCUUUUAUUCUGACAGCAUGACACUGUCGAUUUAAUACAACCAUGACAAUGUUAUUUGAACUGUGAGAUCUCUUCAAAGAACAAUGAAAAGGUAACAUCAGAUAAGAUGAGCAGGAAACUUCUACAGAAAUAUCUAUGUUAGCAUUUUUUCUCUCAUUUAGCUUCUCAUCUCCUCAGAGCUUUGCCAUUCACACACCUUUAAUCAAAAAUGAGGAUAACAUCACUAAUUUUAACCCUGAUGAUAAUAUCAUCACCACUUAUGGUUUAAUUACUUAGGAGACAUCAGUAGUUUGGAGUUGUUCUUUGCCCAAUAAAAAGAAAAUUUAUCAACAUUGCAAAUGAAAAAAGAGAAUAAAAUACGAUAAACUCGAUGAAAAUAGCGCCUCUAAAAACAGACUUCCAAUGUGCUUCACAUCACAGAGACAAGAAAACUAUGAGGUUAAAAGAGUUAACAGAAUUUACAACAACAGAGCAUCAAUAGAAAUACUAAAACAGUCAGUUUGAAAAUGAGUUUGAGUUCAACAAAAUGAAAUAAACUUAAACUCAAUAGAAGUUUAUCAUCAAGUUAAAAUUCAGAGCUAGUUAAACUCAUCUGACAGUGGGUUAAAUUUGAUAAAAUGAGUUAAAACUCAUAAAGCGCACUCAUUGAAAUGUGAAUUUCAAAUGUUUAGAAGAGAAUAAGGAACAUUACUGUCUGAUCUCCUCUUGAAUUUGCUAUAAACACCAUAAAAAUCUUAAUUUCUCACAAUGAAUUUGUAAAUUAUUGAAUGUUGUUUUCUUCAGCUUGAUGAUUUUACCUGUAAAAUGAUGACCUGAGUAUUAUGACUGUGUUUUUAAACACAUUUUGAUGGAGUCAGAUGGAAUUUAAUCAGCUGUCAAAUAAUCUCAGAUUAGUAUGAGAUCAUUAAGUGAUGAAAGUCUGAUUUGACUGACUUUGGUUAUAAACAGAGUUCACUUUUGUUUUAUUAGAGGAAAACAGCUUAAAGUCACUUGAACUCAUAAAGUUAUAAAACAGACCAUUGUUAAUUUUUUGUUAUAUAAAAACAAGCCCAACACUCUCCAAUCUGACACAUAAUUAAAUUGCUUAAAAUUCAUUACAAUGAUUUAUUUAGAGUCAUUAAAUAAUCAGAUAACAGUUCAUUUAGACAUCUUCAAAAUUUCAGGUUUUUGUGAUUUAUAGAAAGUGUUUUUGACAUCAGUGAGUUUGAUCUGAUUUAAUGUAAAUAUGAUAUUUUCUGACAUUGAAAGUGUGAAGAUUCAGGUGUUGUCCAAACUUCAUCGUGGUUUCUGUGUUUCUUCAUCAUACAAGUCAGAAAAGUCUUUACAGCUGUAAAUCUUUAUAAGUUUUAAGUUAGAUGUGACGUAAACUCAGAUAUAGCUCAUAUCAGUAAUUGAUAUUUACAUGAUCCUUCAUCCUAAUAAUGUUAAACAGAAUUUUAAACACACAUGUUUACAUGUCUGAUGAGGUUUUUGUUCUUUCUUUAGUGAUUAGUAGUUUAUGAUAAUUAAUCUGAUCAGACACACAAAACCAGUAUUAUAAUUUAAUCUGCAGAGAUUUUAUCAGAAGAGAACAAAAAAGAUUUCACAUUUUUAGAAAAGGAUCAAAAAUGUUGAAUGUGUUUGUGAUUUGACUCCAUCUUGAUGUGGUUGGAGAGACUGAGAGACUGAAAGCUGAAUAUGAUCCACUGAUGGAGUCUGGACUCUGGUGGUGCUGAGGGGAGGAUGCAGGAUGAGCUGAGGAGCUGGACUGAGACUGAGGAGGAGGAGGAAUCGAUUUGAGGAGUACCUCAGGGAUCAAACUGAAACAAUGACAGAGAGAGAGAGAGAGAGAGAAAGAGAGGGAGAGAGAGAGAGAUUCGAGACAGAGAGAGAGAGAGAGAGGGAAAGAGCGAGAAGGGAGACAGCGCGAGAGAGAGAGAAGGAAGACAGAGAGAGAGAGAAGGGAGAGAGAGAAAGAGAGAGGACAGAUCUGAGAUCUGAACGAAAGCAGGAUGAUUGGUUGAUGAAGGUCGCUCUGAUUGGUUAAGUGCUUAAAGAGGAAACACCCACGAUCAGCUGAUCACUGCAGCAGGAAGAGACAGAGAGAGAUGACUGAAUGAAGACUCAGUGAAUUAAUAAAUAUAACCCAGUCUUCUUCUUGAACUUCUGCUGAGCUUCAUUCAUAAUCAGCUGUUGUGAUCCUGAUCCUGAAGACCCACAUGUGAAAACCUUUGAGGUGAAUUUAGAGACUGAAGACGUCAGAGCAGCGACUUCUGGAGUCUUAGAAAGAAAAACAGGAUGAAGUUAGAAACAUGAUCUAAUAUUUGUCUCUAAAACACACUGAGGUUCUCUGAGGGUUCAGUAGAUGUGUUCAUAUGGACCUGAAUAUAAGACGACCCCCUUCUCAAGACUAACUUUUAGACUCCAUCAGGACCAAGUCUUGUUUUUGUGAAGAAACUAAAUCUAACUGAUAAUUAUAAUAAAACAAACUCAUUAAAUGAAACAAGAGAGGCUGAUCAGGGUUUCUGCAGACCCUUAAAAAUCAUUAAAAAGUAGAUUUUAAGAAUUUAAAGCUGUAAAUUUUUUUGUAAAAAGUCUUAAAUUUUAGAUGACACUUUGAAACAUACCUGAACACCUCAUGAAAUCCUUCAUUCAGUGUUUUAUGAUUUUAUAUAUUAAUCUUUCUUUAUUAAUAUUCACAUGACAGUUCACAGCACAUCCAGCAGUGUUUAAUGUUCACAUUCAUAAAUCAAAGAAAAAGAGGAAGAGAGAGGAAGACGAAAAAAUAUAAGUUCAAGGAAGUUUGUCUGAAGGAUGAAAAACACGGAGAAUAAAAGUCAGGAGGAAACAACGAUGAAGAGACAACAUGUGAGAAAAGAUCUUAAAAACUUUGAUUCAGAGUUUAGUUUGAAUACAAAGUUUGUUCUGCUCUGUAAACUGGUCUCCUUUUCUCUGUGAGGGUCUUAAAAAGUCCUAAAUCUGAUUUUAAAAAGUGCACAUCAACCCUGGUUGUUGUAAACACCUUUUACAUAAAAUCAUGUUUUCAGUUUCUUUUGAAAUGAAAUCGUCUCAUUUGAAUAAAUUCAUAAAGUCCACAUGUGUAAAUGGAGCUGCUGUGGUCAUAAUAUUUAGAGACUCUCAAAGUUGAAAUAAUAACCCACAGUGUGUUGGAUGGUGGACAGUUUGGUCAAAGUGUGUCUUUGCUCAGUUUUUCAGCUCACAGGUAUUUGAAGAUGAUCUCUUUGUGCUCAUUACAUUUGAUUACUCCACAUCUUGUUACUGUCGGACAGUUGUUUAGUGUCUCUGCUGCGUUCAUAACCGUUUUCUGCACUAAUGCAUCAUAACUCCACCUCAGGUGUUGAAGAAGUCUUCCUACUUUGGGACAUCUUUGCUCUGAUCUCUGUGUCUCUCCAUCUUUCAUCCCCCUGGUGUUGUAGCUGUGAUGGUUGGUUUGAGUCAUGAGGGGUAAACUUGCUCUGCAGAUGAGUGUCUCCAUCCUCUGCUGUGAUGAUUAUCGGUGUUUCAUUAAAGGAGACCUAUGACGCUCAUUUUCACCUUUGAUUCUGUCAGUCUGGGACACCUGUAGAGCAGCGCUGCUGGAUUAGCAGAUCAUGAAAAGUCUUUAUUUAUCUUUGCUGCUUUUCCACUGAUAUAAAGUUAGACACAGCAUGUGGGUGUUACUUUUUACACAGCUUUGUAGUCAUUAAACAACCUGAAAGUUAUGUCUUUAUAUUGUUGAAGCUCACACUAGCUCCCCAUUAUAGGUUAGCUGUUCUUCCAUUAUCUGCUGUUGUAAAUGUUUGUGUUUAGUCUCUUCAUGAAGGUGUUUAUAGAUGAACAGCUCCAGCAGGUUUCAGGAACAGCUGAACCUCAAAUCCAGCUCGUACUGGUCUUUGUUUACUAAGGAGUCAUCAGUGAAGUGGUGAGCACAAACAGCUUCAUUGUUGUCCUGAAAACAUCAAAUCUUCUGGCUGUUUUCUGGAGUUUUUAUCUUUGGGAAGAGAAAACAGCUCAGACUUUCCUUCACAACCACAAAAACACUUUGGAUCAACGUUCAGAGACAUACUGAGUCAGCAAAGAGCAGAGAGGAGCUUUGACAUGGACUUUCUAUGUGAGGGAAGAUUUAAAGGAGCUGCUGGGUGGACAUGUCCUCCAACAUUGUCCUGAUAGGACCACAGAUCCUGAAGUCAGGGUUCAGGACCAGUCUGGCAGAGUUUCUGAAACAGGUGAUCAGAGAAGCCGAGACACACGUCUGUAAAUCACACCAACGUCUGUGUGUUUUCAAACAUUAUGGAGGUUUAGUGAAGACUUCCUACAUCCUAACAUCAUAUUUAUAUAUUUACAUACAUAAAUAGAAAGGGUCUCAUAUUGAGGUCACUUCAGUAAUAACUCUGAUUAUAGAUAAAGAGAGUGUUUUGGAUGUCGCUGUGCCAAACUGCACAAUUACAGCAGCUGAGAUGAAAAAAAUCUUAUGUCAGCAAAAUCUGUCUAAAGUAGUUCACCAUGCUUUAAAAGUUUGUUUUUUAAAUGUUUAUUAAAUCUUUACAUUUAAAGAUCAGAGCAGGUUAUAUGUAGUGAUUGUAAAGUUUUAUAAAGUCAAAGUAUUUCCUCCUUCAGUUCAGUAAAGUUCAGAUAAAAUGAGCACAUAGAUCCAGAUCUUCUGCUGCAGUUGUCUCAAAUUCAGACUUUGUUCAUGAAGAGCAGCUGGUCUCAGAAACAGGAUGAAGGUCCAACAUCCUCCUCCUCACUGCUGAGAGCAAAACCUAAACCAAGCUGUGAGCUGAGCAGCCGAGCAAACUGAGAAACUGAGAAACAGAUCAGAGCGAACAUCACUGUUGCUGCUCACACUCGUCCCAGAGCUACACACACACGCACACACACACACACACACACACACACACACACACACACACACACACACACACACACACACACACACUCACUCCUGCAGUUCUUCUCCGUGUGUCACCUCCAACCUGCUCUCUAUCAAAUCAGUACACUAACUGAUACACUAACCCUCUGUUUUCUGUUUCAGGAAUCCCUUAUGGAUGGAUUGUUGCUGCAGUUCUUGCUGUUGUUGUUCUUGCAUUCGUUGUACGUUACUUCAAAAAUAAACUUGAAGGUAAAUUCAAAUAAUUUACUGUAUCAAAGCACUAAGAAUAAUGUGAAAAACAGUCUUUGCUAAUAUCUCCAUUUUACAGUCUAUCCAGUCGUCUUAUUUUCUGAGUCAUGUAGUAUUAUUUAGAUUCAGAGUCAGAUCUGCUCAGCUGUGAAUUUCCUGAAUGUAACUGACUUUUAUUCUUUUAAACCUACAGGAAGAACAGAAGUCCCCACAGGAGAACAUGAAAAUAAACAGAAACCAGGAGAUCAGGAAACUCAUCCAGUUUUACAUGAGCUGUGAAGUGGACUGAUGGAGAGUGUGUCUUUGUGUUAGAUUUGAGUGAACUGCUCCUCUAUUAUUUCAGCCACAGUGAGAGUUCAUAUCAGCUUCUCAGGUUCAACUUCAAGGAUCAGGUUGUGGUAGGAAAUGUGGUUUGUACAAAGUUAUUAUUAUAAACAACAGAAACAGCUUUGUUAGAGCCUGAUAUGUAACAAUGAUUCAAAAUGUCAUUAAAAAAAUGUAAUAAAACCCAAAAUGUGAAAACUGGUCGAUAAUGUAACCACAUGCUGAUCCCAAAAAAUAAGUUGUUACAUUUUAGGUCAGGUGUUACAUUUAAGGCUUCAUUACAUUUCUUUUAUUACAUUUCUGGCUCAACAUUUUGUAACAUUAUUUACUUUUUAUCACAUUUUGGGCUUUAUUACAUUUUUUUUUUUUUACAUUUGGGGUCAUUGUUGCACAUCAGACUCCAACAAGUCUGAAAUGAAAUAGGAUUCCUGUGUGGUUUCUGUCCUAUAGUUCAGUCAUCUGGACACUUACUGGAUAAACUAUUAAAAAAAAUAAGUUUGUCAAAGUGGACCCAAGAAUUGUCCCUCAAUCGUAGCAGGUGGAUCAUCAAAGAUAACUUUACUUGUGUUCAAACUCAGAUCAAACUGUUUUUAUAACUCAUCAUCAGAUUUGUGUAAAAUCAUGAACCAUGAAUCUGUCAAAUUAUUCAGUCAAGUCCAGAGAGCAGCCGAUAAUGUGACUCUGGAUGUAGAAAAAAAACACCUCACAACUGUUUGAGUGUGUGUGUGUGUGUGUGUGUGUGUGUGUGUGUGUGUGUGUGUGUGUGUGUGUGUGUGUGUGUGUGUGUGUGUGUGUGUGUGUGUGUGUGUGUGUGUGUGUGAGUGAGAGAGCAGGUGCUUUAACUGCUGAUCUAUACCACAAAUAUGAUUCUAUUACAUUAAUGUGAUUAUUACAGGCCUUUGUAAACAGCUGAUGUCAUAUACAGAUAUUUGUGGAUAUCCACAGUAGAUGUGAAUGAAUACAAAACCUUCAUGUGCAUUCUCAAAUUAUGAAUGUCUCUUAUAUUCUGCUUUUUUAUUUCUGUUCAUUUUUGUUGAUAUUUUGUAUUUUUUGUCUUAAUUUUAUUUUUUUUUCCUGUUGUUAUGAAGUGUGAGCAGCUGAAAACUGAAAAUAAUAAUUUGUAAUAUUUGUGUUUCUGGUUCAGGAUUAUUCUCUCAGUUUUUUGCUCCUUGAAACUUUAUAUUUGGCUCUGCUAAAACUGUGAAUGAACUUUAACAGAGACCCCCAUAAUGUAGAGACAGGGAAAUAUAUGCGACCACUGAAAGCAGAGGUUGAUUAAAAACGUGGAGUUAAAUUUCAAGUAUUCAUGGUUGAUAUGAAAGCUGGAGGAGGAUGGUAUUUGAAAAUGGACCAAGUUAAAAGAGACCUGAUUCAAUUUCAACCUCCAAUAAAAAAACAGUAUUAAAAAAAACAUGUCAAAGCUGAGAGGAGUGGACCAACAGGAACCUGCUCAGGAUAAUGAAAAGAACCAAAUGUGAAACUUUGAGGAGAAACCUGACAGAGAGUGAAGAAAUGAAGUUUGUGUUUUCUCCUCUUAUAAAGCGUUCACGUCUGAGCAGCUGCAGGUUUGAUGAUCUGGACACAGAUGGGGCGCUUCUGUGAGGUGACUGUAGUGUCUUUAUUUUGAUGUGUAACAGAAAUAUUCAAGAGCAAAAACAUAAGACUGCAAGUGAAAAUAAAACGUGAACAAAACCAUCUAUACUCUGAUCUUAUGUUUAAAAUGUGCUGAAAGGAAAACAUACUUUUGUGUGAUGAUGAAAAACUUUUGUUAACAAAUAAAUGAAAAGAUGGAAAACUGUUGAGAUCAGACUGUAACGAUGAAGAGUCUGUGAGUGAAUGAGAAAACUUCUGGGAACCAAUAAGAAUAAAUUUAAGAUGACAAAUUCACGUUUGAAGAGUUGACUCAGAUAUUUCUAACUAUUGCUGAGUUUUACUGGCAUUGUCAUAGGAAGAGGGAGAGACUCACUCUGGAGUAUAAGGAGGAAUUUAGAUCAGACUCCUCCAGGAUCCUCUGAACUCCCUCUGAUAAACUGAAACUUGUUUCCCGACAUUGACUGAGCAGACAUCUCUAAAGUCAACUAAAGGACCUGAAUGUCCUGAACUUGUCCAGAAAUAGUCCAGAGGUCAAGUGUGAAAGUAUAAGGAGUCAAAUCCAGACCAAACAAAAAUUUGAACAAGACAGUUUUAGUUUUGAAUUGAACUUGACAGAUUUGUGAAAUUAUCCUAGUUAUUGUUCAACUUAAACACUUUAAUUUGUUUCAUUAACUGGCAUAUUAAUACUAUACAUGAAUAUCACAAUGACUUCUGAAUUCAUCACUUUCACCUACAAAUGUAAACCAAGUCUCUUUUAGAAAUUGAUCUUUGACACAAACUUUUUUCUGACAAAAAGAUAACAAAAAAUAUUAGUCCAUUCUGACUCAAACAAAAUCAACUUUAUACUUUACUGACAAUCUAAAAACAACAACAAAGAAAAAGCAAAUAAAACUGCAAAUGCUCCACCCCAAAAACUCCUAAAAUAGCAGAGGGAACAGUGUCGAAUACUACAGCAAACUCUUCAGGAGUUACUGGAAAGUUGUCUGGAGAUAAGAACUCGCUGUGAGAGAGCAACAGUCCAUCUUUGUUGAACAGCUGACUCCUAAAGAAGAUUUCAUGGGUACAAGUUUGUUUGCUGUUUACACAAUGUGGGUGCUGGACCUUAAACUGAUGAGUGCAUUGGGUGUAAAAUAGUGAGGACACUUGUGCUGCAUGUAAGAAAGAGUCUGAAUCUGACAGGCUGAGAGUGAAGAACGGAAGUAAAUGUUUGUGAUUUUCUUCUCCUAAAUUGUGACUCACAGUAAAACUCUAAACUUCAGCAGGUCUGAUGAUCUGGAGGACUUCAGUGUGAAUAAAGAGAAGUGUACCAGUCCAGAAAACAUGACAUCAAAUCAGCUCAUAUUAGCAAAGAUCAUCCAUUAAUCACAGGGUCUCUGCUUCGAUCCCUGACUCCUUCUGUCCAACAUGUGUCCUUCAGUGUCCUUCAGCUUCAGUCUGAACCUCAGAUUGUCUCCAGAGUGAGUAAAGGGAUCACUGACACUGCAGACUGUUUGGAGUCUUUAGUCCAGCACAUUUCUAUCAAUGAGGGCCGGCUAAAGACCAGAACCAGCUCUCUGUUUAAUGCUCUACACUGAGACUGAGUUCAAAGUCAACAUUACAACCUUCAGGAUUUAUGACAGGACUGCUGGAUUAGACUGCAUGACUUUGAGUCAGGUGGAGCAGGUGUAGAUACUGGACUCUGACUCUGUACUGUUGUUGACUGGGACAUUUGAAUUGUGCUCCAUAUCUGAAAGUUCAUGUCUGUUUAUUCUUCAUUAUUUCUAAACAAACAUUUGAAUAAAACAGGAAAACUGUCAAACUGUGUGCUGCUGGGACUUUUUUUAGUUUCUGUGGUCAAACUUUAAACAAACUAAAGUGAGCCUCCUUCUCCUUCACUUACAGACCUUGUUUCUGAGAGGUGAGAACAGGAUUUAGUAUUUUAUAACUUUAACAAGAGCUGAAAAUGCACUGUUACAAAAUUGUAAACAAAACUGCUCUAGAGAAACAAUUUUUACAGAAAUGCCUCUGAUGAUUUUAGAGGUAGAGGUCUGUUGGGUCUGCAUCUCCCCCUGGUGGUUACUGAAGUCUCUGCAUUGAUCAAAAGACAUGACUGAACAUGUUCAGCACCAAGGACAGUUCAGAGACAGUUUUUCUCAAUCACUUUGGUGCAUUUCUCACAUCACUUUUAACUUUUGCACAACAGUUAGUAAAAUUCUCACAACAAUUUAGUUCAAACUGCAGAACCUAGCUGAAAUCCUGCAAAAGUGUGACAUUCGCUUAAAAUGGAUGGUUCAUUCCUCAAAAGCAAGUAUUCAUGUCAGUGAAAGUGUCAUCAGAAUGAAAAGUCCUGACUCCAUUGUUUAUGAACACAACAGUCAAAUGGCUUUGUCAUGUUUUCAUUAAGACAGUUUCUCUGUAAAUGUUUUCAAAUGCAACAAAGUCAGAUUUUGGUGAAACCUCCUGAAAAUUCUCAGGACAGCACUAUACACUAUUUACACAGCCAUUUGAAAACUACAGUAAAGUUACACAUGACUGUAUACAACACAAUGAGUCUGUGCUGCAGUAAAGCUGUAUGUCUAAAUGUAAAAAGUGAAAAAGUUCUUGUCUCACUGUGAGUUUCAUGUUUAACACAAUGACAGUCGUACAGUGUAGAUUGUUUAGUGGUGAUUUACUGUCCAAUAGACACACCUGUUCUCCUGACCAAAUGUUUGAAUAAUUGAAUUUACAGUGUUUCUCUCAACAUUUAGCUGCACCCUUCAACCAGCUUCAGUCAUUAUGAGGCUGGGAUUGACAACAUGGUCCACAACUGUAGUCCUAACUUCAUCAGGAAUCUGUUGAUGUACUUGGCCUCCUCUUCCUCUUCCCCUCUUGGUACACACUAUGUCGGAGCAGAUAAUGGGAAAUAACCAAGUUGUGGUAUCACUGUUUUCCCAUGAGGACGUGGGAUUUUUCUAGGAACCUUGUAUCGAGGAUGGUGCUCCACCCAGAAAGGAAAACAGUUUUUUGACCGUCUAAAUGUUGCUGCAGGGAUUGUGUGGAACAUGGUCUUUGUUGUCUUUAAUUGUAGAUUUUUGGAGCCUUGAGAAGUAAAAUAAACACACAGUGUGGUCAUCAAAGCUUUGUUCUCCACCCUGAGAAGUUUUCACUAAGAGAGCUGCCUUCAAAAAAUUUACCCAUUGAAUCUCAAAUUUCUUGACCUUACCUCCUGAGGUGAAGCUGUCAGACCUCCGUGGUGAAGGACCGACAGCUCCUUUAGCAGCUCAGCCUGUUUCUGCUGCCACAACUUUAGGGCCUCAUGCACACAGUAAGAGCCCAAAGUCAGAGGAGCUGUCUGAUCCACACCCUGUUACUGAACUGAGAUAGAACCUCAUGUAGAUUCACAAUUUCAUAGAUAGAUAGGUAAUUAACACAAACCACCAGUAAUAAAAAAGAACAGAAUAUAAUAGAUAUACUUCAUCUUUGUUUCUAUAACUUUUAAAAGACAUCUUGAACGAACAUGUAGAGACAUUUGCAGGGGAAAGAUAAGAUGUAACAAAAAUGUUUUAUAUCUUCUAUGUUUCUUGUGGUUUACUGUCAGUUUCCACCGCAGAGAAAUCAGAGAGGAAGUAACUGUUGGGCGGAUGUGAAAAUGUGUAUGCUCUCUUACUGUUUAACUUUCCAACACAACAGAAGAUCAUGAAGUUCAUCAGCUGGGGAUGAACAACUAACUGCAGGUCACUCAGAAAGAGACAGAAUCAAUGAUCAAUAUUGUUGAUCCUCGUCUGAGGGUGAUGUUAAUCCUCUGUGCAGUCAAUAAAUCUAUAGAUAGAUAGAUAGAUAGAUAGAUAGAUAGAUAGAUAGAUAGAUAGAUAGAUAGAUAGAUAGAUAGAUAGAUAGAUAGAUAGAUAGAUAGAUAGAUUACAUUUGUCAAAUACUGUUUUUUUAAACAGUAAGUUUAUAUAAACAUAAUUUCAUUUAGGUGUGUUUGAACUAUUAGCUAGCCAUAGAGACUUGUAAUAACCCCCUAAGUAGUAUUUCAAGUAAUUUACCUAAUACAGGUGUGUAUAUAUAAGCUUCAAUUAGCCAAUUGUCAGGUCUAAUUCAAGGUCUAAAUUAAGGAUAUUUUUUUACUUAGAAGUAGAAGUAAAGUAAAUGCAGACUAAUAGCAUUAUAAUAACACAACCUUAAUAUGACACUGACAUAUUUUCAAUGCAGGAACUCAACAUACAAUCAUCCUGGCUGGUGCAGGGCAAGAAGACAUUAGCAACAAAAUAAGAUCUACUGAUGUAGAUGCUUAGAGGACAUUUCUGUCAUGUUUUGUCUUUUUAAAGAGCACCAGUGACGACACUCUUUGAUCGCUCCUCUGUCUCUCCGUUGAAUUCACUGUUGAUAGUUCUUGUUGAAGCUGAUUUAAUGUAAGAUACAGAGUGUGAUGAUGAGUGCGGCUAUUAUUUUUAUUAUUGCAUGUCCACAUUUCUUAUUUUUACAUGAAUUCAGUACAUCAUGUCUUGUAAAGGCUUUUGAUAAAAACAGAGUUCAAAUGUAGCAGUGAAGGAAUGUCACGCCUACGUCUGUCAUUUCCUCAGGCAGCACAGAGAGAAGCUGUUAUCAGGGACGUGUUGCAACAAUCCUGUUUGGUUUGGAGGAAGAAGAGCUCUCUUUUAGAGGACGAUUAUUACCAGGAAUCUUAACAAACAGGAUAUAGGAGCAGCAGUAAUCCUGAAACUGAAGUUCAAAAUGAUCCUUUUCACAAAAACAGAUGAAACUUUUGAAGACAUGAGCCCCUGAGGAUCUUUCACCAACUGUUCAGAGUAAAGUUUAAAAAAAGUAAAGUUCAGGUUUAUUAUUUGAUAAAUAAGUCUGAUUGAAAAGUUGUAAACAUUUCUUUUUUUGCACUCAUGCUGUUUACUUUCUGCUGAUGUAUUACGUCAGUUUAUUGUGUGAAAUCAAGAAAAUAAAAGGUCACUAAACCAUCCCUCUUGGCCAACUCUUGGUGGAGUUAAAGAGUUAAAACGAGGCUUUUAUUUUGAAGGAUUUGAGUGGCCGCAGCUUUUCCCUUCUCGAAACUGAAAGUAGUUUGAGACAGAGCAGUGUGUCGUCGUUGGGAGGGUCUGAAGCGUCUUUAUAAAGAGAGAUCAGCGUGUAGAGAGGUCUGUUCUGAAGAAGAAGAAGGAAACCAUGGAGCUCAUCCUCCUCCUCUUCGUCGUCUGCGGCCUCCUGAUAACAGCGGCUGAUGGAAACAGUAAGAUGUCCGAGUUUUAAGGGGGAAUAUUUUUGAAUGAAUGGAUGAAUGAGCUAAAAAUACAGCAGCAUGAAGGCAGAGUUUGAUAGUUUAAUAUGCUUGAUGUUCAUCUCAUCCUGCCGGUAAGAUGUGAUGAUUUUCCGGUUUUGAGCACGGAUCCAUUUGAAACCUGCAGCAUCAUCAUUACAAGCUGUCAGACUGCUGCAGGUGUGUGUGUGUGUGUGUGUGUGUGUGUGUGUGUGUGUGUGUGUGUGUGUGUGUGUGUGUGUGUGUGUGUGUGUGUGUGUAAUCUCUUUGUGUAACCUGAGGGUUGCUGCAUCAGUUCGAGGUUUUGAUAAAUGAAGGAUCUGGGUGUGUAUCUGCUGCCUGAUGAUGUGUUUCACAUUAGCUGAAGCUGAAUCCACAGUAUUUUUAAAAAGUCAUAUUUAUUGAUUGUUUCCUGUCAAAGUUUCUGUGAGGAGUGAUUAAACAGGCUGAUAUAAGGCUGAUGCUUCUUUAUGAUCUGAAACAGGACUAACUGUAGUAAGACUGACAUUUCCUGUUGUUGAAGCCUGUAACUGCUGAGAGGGAGGAGGUGUCAAACAAAGAGCAGCAGGCAGGAAAACUGCAGUUUUAUUUUCAUGAGGAGGUUUUUCAUCUACAAACACUUUUUCAACAUGUACAGGACAAGGCCAACAAAAAGAUUAGAGCAGGGGCAGACCUAGAAAAAUAUCCAGGGGGUGGCACAGAGAUUUUAAAGAGUGGCAGAAACAAGUAAAGUUCAACUCCAACUCCAACAAAGUCAGCAGACUGUGUGAAAUGUUAAUAAUAACAUAAUUUGAUGGUUUGUGAUUCAUUUACACACAAUUAUUCAUAUAAAAUACUACAAAGACAAAAUAAUGUGAUUAAUGAAAGUCUUUUUCUGACCUUGAAGCCAUCAACAAGUGUCAUGUAGAGUUAGUGCAGAGACAUGUUUACUGUUGUGCGUCAUCAGCUCUUCUUUUACUAACCCUCUGUUAACCUUAGUGAACCCAGGAGACCAGUUUCUGGACUUUGGAAGAGAAAUCUUGUCCCAUUUUUGCUGAUACAUGAGCCAAUGACCCAUGCUGUUAUAAUCUCUGCAGAAUGUGGUUUGUCAUCGUCUUGCUGAAAUAUGAAUUUCUUCCCUGAAAAACUCUUUGUCUGGAUGGCAGCAGAUGUUGCUCCUAAACCUGUAGAUAUGAUUCAGCAUUAAAGGAGCCUUCACAGAAGUGUGAAGAACCCAUGUUCAUGAACUGUGCACCUAAAACGAGCCAGAGGGUCCCUCUGUGAUCCCUGACAGUGGUUUCUGUGGUUUUCACUACAGAGUCCUGUCUGUUUUUAACGCAGUGCUUUCAAAGAUCAUGGUCAUCCAUUAUUAGGACCAGAACCUUCAACCUGAUUUCAGUCUUUUUUUAAACACAAAUCAACCUUUUAAUCCCAGUUUGUGUUCACUGUAAAUUCAUCAAUAUUCAUUAUGUGCAGCAGAUUAAACUUUUAAAAACUUCCCUCAUGCAGGUUUUAGACCAAAAAGUGAUUGUGCAUUUGCAUGUAAUUUACUUUCUCUAAGUCCUGAUCAUUGGUAGAAAACGUACAUAUUUAUCACUCAGUGCGCUCUGGUUACAAACUCUGAGCUCUAUAAAUUUGUGCACCGUUGUUAAUUCUGUUAAUCAUUUAUCCUUACAAAGAAAAAAAGCUGUCCGGCCUGUUUGUGGUGUCAGUCUGUGUGAGGUUGUUUAAGGUGAGGAGGGUUGGGGGCGGGGCUUAGCAUCUCCAUCAACACUAACAGACAGCUGAGAUUAAAUCUGGAUGAAACACCUGAAAGUUCAUGUUUCUCAUUCGAUUCAAAACGUGAAGUUCAGGUUUGUCCUCUCUCUACUGAAGUGUCAACGUAUCAGAAAGUAACACAGCGUUAGUAAUCUCUGUCGGUGUUCCAGCUGGUUCUCAAGAAGGCUCAGGAAGGUUAAGGUGUGCUCAGUAAUUCAGCGUGAUAUAGCUGGAAGGGACAAAAACUGUAAGGAUUGGCAGCAGACCAAUUUGUAAUUGAAUGUAGACAGGAGAAAGAUAUACUUAUAUACUACUACUACUACUUUAUCAUAGCCAUGCAGAGAUACCUGUUAGUGUGGUUUGACUCAUCAGGCUGCAGAGACAUUGUCUAAUAAAAGCUGUUGGACCAACAGGUGUGAUAAAAGUUUAAUCAUUAGUAAAAAUAUGAGCACUGUUAUCUCUUCUUCAGUGCUACUCACUCGGCUGAAUGAAUAGUUUAUUCUGAUCAGUCAGUUUAGCACACUCAUAAAGUUUAUGAUCUCAGCUCUCCCUGUUGACAAUGUGGUAAAAAUCUGUGAAACAUCUGUGAUCAACAUGGAGGAACUUUUAAAAUAAGGAGGAAAAGGCUAAACUCAUAUCUUCUUAUAAUGUGUUAUUAAGUUAGUUCAUUAAAGAAAAUGUCAGUAAAGGCUGUUUAUUCAUCCUGCUGUGGGUCAUCUCCUCUACAGCAGCAAUGAUAGGCAAUAAAAAUAACAAUAUAAAACAGUCGGUCUGCUGUAUUUGGUCUUGUUUGCUUUUGAAGGUCAUAAAGAACCAUCAAGCAUCAGUUUCAGUCUGUUUCACACCCAGUGAAAAACCCUCACAGCAGCUGCUGGAGCCAAAAUAUGUUUCUUUGGACAACAAAACAUACAUGUUUAUUCACUAAUUGUACUUAUUUUUCAUGUCAUUACAAUUAAAUAAACUGUUCUAAGCAAGUUAUUAAGUCGUCUUAUAGACUGGUAACUUGUCCAUGGUGCCUUUGAAAUAUUGACAGCUGUAAUAGACUCCAGCCUCCUGAGCACACCUGGACAAAUAUCUGCCUUUAUUUUUGUCUCUAUCGGCUCUGUGAAACACUCAUGCCAGCAGCUCUGAUGAUAGUCAAGGACUGAAACCUUUGCUGCUGUUUUCACUCACUUUUUUGCAGCAUGACCUCUCGUUGAUUUGACCACUUCAGUCUCAGUUUCAGAGACUAUUUUUGCAUUUAUCUCAGCCUGUACACUUUUGCUGCUUCUUAGUCCGGUUCAGUUGGUGUGCAGGUACCUCUUCAGCUUUCUCUGUAGGAGUCAGACUGCUGUGAAUAUUAAGACUGUAAUUCUGACACUGAACACCAGGUGGAGCCUUAACUUGUGGUGUGUAUUAAGCUUCAGGUAACUAAAUUCAGAUGUGAAUGAGGCAAAAAGUUUUGACUGUUAAGUUUAUUUAAUUUCAGAAAGUCUGCUCUUUUUUCUGUUUCAUGCUGAUUGUAUUGACUCAACACAUGGUUGAAGAAAUAAUGAAAGAAAACAAAUGACAAAUCAAAGCUCAGGUGAUGUACUGGACACCAGUUUAGCUGCAAGAUUAGCAGCUUGUGAGUCACAUCAGGUCUUCAGUGAUUUCUCUGAAACUCAGAGACAGUCAGUCUGGAACAAAAGAUGAAAAUCCAGGAAAUAAAAAGUGUUAAUCUGCUGACAGGAUGGUGUUUGGAAGAAUCUGCUGAGGACAUUUUUGUAGAGAUACACCAAACAUUCCUAUAUUAAGUCAGUAUGUUUAUACUUCCAUGUGGCGUUUUUUGUAACUUUGUUUGGAAACAUACAGAUUAAUUUUUUGUUUUUCAGCUCUCGUAAAGGUGGAGUCCUACAGUGAUGUGGUUUUACCCUGUUCCCUCAGCUCUAAGGAGAACAUUGAGUCAAAGCUGUUUGACUGGAAGAAAGACGGUCACAUUGAGGUGUUCAUGUAUGAUGGUGGCCUUAUUUACGGGAAUGGACUUUCAGGUCAAGAUAAACAGUUUGAAGGUCGAGUCUCACAUUUUGGAGAUGAACUGAAGAAUGGCAACGCCUCCAUAAAGAUCACAAAGGCCAAGGUGUCUGACAGUGGAAUCUACAGCUGUGAUUUUCCACGUCUUCAGCCCCGUCAGACGUUCAACAUCCAGCUGGUUGUCAGUAAGUUCUUUCAUGAAACACUUGAAGAUGUGUCAGACACAUUUUUACUAUCAGGACUGGUUUGAGAGUCACAGAAGCCCUUUUAACUCGUCAGAAAAUGUUGGGAUGACAUUUUUGACACAUUACAGAUUUGAUUAAACUGCACAUCCAAAUUUCAGGAGACAGUCUAGAUAAAACUUGAACAACAUGUAACUAAGUUGAUAAUAUUCCUCCUUGACAGAUGUUUGUUUGGUGUUUCAGAUAGUAUCAUAAACUUGAGAUUCAUUUUAGUCAAUGUACAUUUUUCCUCUUAAAAUCUCUCUAUUUAAAACCGUUUGAUACAAACACUUAGAGGCAUCAGUUGUGUUGUUUAUCAUAAAGGAUAUAAAAGUUGAAUUGGAAAAGUAUCACACAGAAAAAGAACAACAACAUUUUAUUUACAUUUUUUCAGCUUAUUCAAGAAUGAUUAAGCAGCCAUUCAUUUUACAUGACAGAUUAAUGACAGUGAAGUCAUUCUGAGAUAUUUUACAAAGUGCAGUACAGAAAAUAUCCAGCAGGUGUCCACAGAUCUCUCUCUGACUUUUCCGAAGUAGUUAAAGUUCAUUAUGAUACUAAUCAAAAUAUCCUUUUUAUUAAAUUUGACCAUUAACAUACAUUCUUGACAUUUAAAUACAGAUUCACAUUUUAAACAAUUAACUAUACCUGUAUGAUCCUGUAAAUAAAGCUGAUGAACAGAUGGACUGAAGAGCUUCAGAUAAGAUGAAGUCAUGUUCAUGGAUGAAAGUCUGUCUAAUGAAGAAGUUAUCUUUAAUUAAAUCAUGUUAUUUAAUAUAUGUGCAGCUCAAACUCAUUUUUAACUAGAUCCACAUGUUGUUUAGUCAAAAUUAACAAUAAAACACAACUUUAAGAUGACCAUUUAAAUCUUUACAGAAACAGAUGACACAAAUUUGUAUUUUCUUUCUUAUUUUUAUGAACAGAUUUAAUAAAUAAGAUGUAACAUGUUAUAUAAAGAAGUCUAAAGUGUCAGGUAGCUGAAUAUGUUUCACUGUUUGCUCUUUGUCCUGUGUACAAUCUUGGUGCUGUAGACUUAUUUCUGAACAGACAGAUACUGUGAAUGUGCAGUGAUUUCUUAUUUUACUCUGCACUGUAAAGUAAAUAGGACAGCCUCACUUUCAAACAUGUCUGAGGACAACAGAAGAAGAUGAGGAUCAGGUUUUUAAGAUAAACUGUGCAGAGCUGACAGUGAAGUUAAAACUCAGAGAUAUCCUGAUAAUUUGAUCAGAGGAGACUCCUGCUCUCAGAGUUAAAUCUUUCAAGAUCAGACGGUUUAUUAAAUCAGAGACUAUCUAUUCAGUUUUAGAUGUUUCUCAUAUCAUGUAUUGAAAUUCUCAUUUUUAUUGCAGUGAUAUCUGUGUACAUGCUAACCUUUGUUAUAUUUUGUUUUUCCUUUCAGAGUGCAUCUUAACCUCUUAGGAUUUGUCACAUUAAUGUAUUUUUAGUCUCUCUUCUUACCAGUUUAAACUGGUUUAUGAUCAUUUUACCUCAAAGACACUAAACAUGUUGAUUGUGUCACUGUGAAACUGAACUUUGUGAGGUUUAUUUAGCGUGUAUGCCCUCACUGAAUCCUCAACACAGUCAGGGUGGUUGAUAAUUUAAUGAACAUAAACAAAAAGUUUUUUAUUCUUUUUGUUUAUUUUAUUCCUUUAAACAGUGUUAAAAAAAUCAUAAUAAGAGCUAUCAUGCUGAAAUUCGCUGAAUAUUUUACUCAGUGUGUCUAUAAUGUGUGCUAAAAGUUUGAUGUUGACAGACUGAAGUUUGUCUGAGAUAUUUUAGAAAGUGCAGUACAGAUCCUCUCCAGCAGGUGUCUACAGACCUCUGCGAAACUUUACUAUAAGUUACCAAAAGAAGAUAAUUAACCCUCUGAGGUAGUGAAAAAAGUGAAUGAAAGUUUGUAAAGGAGUUUGACUUUAAUUUAUAGACAUAGAUUUUGUGCUUGAAUAAGGAGUGACCUGAUUGGUGUACAUGAAAAACUUUAAAUCAAACAUUUUAUCCACUUCUUCCCUUUUGUAAGCGCCCUGCGAUGUCAGAAAGACUGUCAUCGUUACUUCCCGUAUACAGCAAGACAGGUAUUUUAAUUGGCAACGAACUCACGAUGUUUUUUUGGUUCCGGCUCUUCAUUGGCUAAAAGUAGCUGUCAAUCAGACCCAAGCGGCAGUUGCACAAAUAUGCUGUUUUCUGAUUGGCUGUUUGGUUCUAAACUCUGACAGAUUCGUCUCUUCGGGUCAUAGAAAAAUGCUAAUUGGUUCGUUCGGUUGCUGGGCGUUUACUGAUGUUGGAAAUACUGAACAUCAUCGGUCCAAACUUGUUCAGUAAAUAAUUAUGGACGGUAAAUCGAUUGUUCUGGAAGAUUGAUAAACGGCUUUGAUGUAAUAUUUCAUACAGGAUCGUUUUUUUAUUUAAUUAUCACAUGUUUGCGGUCGAUCAUAAGUACUCUGGAAAAUAAGAACGCAGUGUUGUCCCUAAAAUUAAAGCAUUUUUACUUCAUGGAUGUUUGUUUUUCUACCUACAAACACAUUUGAUCGGUGGCUUUACAGGUUGACUAGAAAGUUUGUCACGGUCCACAGCCGUAAAGUAAGACCCAACUGUUGUAAAGUCCCUGAUCCCGUGAUGGAAAUGUGUAAAUCCACGUAGAAAACCAACACCCAAGCUUUCAUAUUUGGUAUUACCUUAGUGCAGUGAUGUCCAUGUACAUUAGAAGAUCUUUGGUAUAAAUAUAUAUGAAUACUGACGUGUCAAUUUCGGGUCGCGUCCAUCCUCCGCGCGUUAAAAGAUUAAAGGACAGAACAGCUGAAAACUGCUCAGGUGAGUCAUGAUGUCAUCAUCUACCUGAACAGGUGUGUGUGUGGAGUGUGACCUCACAGGUAUAAGAUCAUUUACAACACUUUACAUUUUUAAGGACCCGCUGUUUAGGGCACCACCCCUUAAUAUACAGAAUUAUUUAGACUCAUCACACAUCAUCCCAAACCAAAGAAACGAAUAGUUUUCUGUUUAAUUUGAGAAACUGAACGAUUUGGUGAUAGGAAGGUUCCCUGAGGGAAAAAAUUCCAGUAGCAUUAGUAUAUACUACAGAAAAAAAGAAGAAGAAAAAAAGACACAGAAUGCUCAAAUAAGAAAAGAAUAAAAAUUGCAAUAUAAUGUAAAUGAAGAAUAAAGAUCUAAGUUUUUUAAUUAUUUACAUAUAAAAAGUAAGAUAUAAAGGUAUGGACAUUCGCACAUAAGGACAGUGACCAAAUUCACCAGCACUGGCAGCACCUGUGUCAAGUUUUAAUGGUGCAUUAUUAAGUGUACUAUCUAUGAUAAGGACAUCGUUCCAAGUAAAUAAAUGCCUGAGUGGAAAAUUCAUUAUGAAAUAAAAAGAGAAAUUGUAUCAGUUCAGAUGCUGAAGAAAUGGGGUCAUCUAUUUUCUUUAAGGAAAAAAAAAACCUUUCACCAGGUCAGAGUCAUCAGAUUUUAACUUGAAAAAACAAUUCUCAAACUGGGAUAUAGCCGAGUGCAAACGCUCCAAACUAAGAGGUAAUUUUAAAAGCCUACCUUUUUUGUACAUCAUUUAUCUGUUAUUAUAAAUACAUUCGAGUGCAGAACAACAGUUGAUGGAGGGGGCUCCAUCCAUACUGACUGGCCUUUGACAAUGACCUCUUAAAAUGUCCCCCCAUCUUGAAAAAUGCUGUGAUCUUCCAUUGAAUUUAAUUUUGGUAUCAUAAUACACAUGUAUGAGCAGAGAUAUAUGUUUUUUGAGGGGGUGGGGUGUUAGUCAUGUAAUGCUUUAUACAAUCUUAAUGAUCUGUUAUUUAUACUUCAUACAAAGGUGCAUGUCGGACACCAUCAGCCAAGCCAAUUGAGGCAUCAGAUGAUCGGUCUGUGCUGCAGUGUGUUGUCGGGGGAGCUUCUCCUAGGCCUAAAGUCGAGUGGAGGGACAGUUCUGGACAGAUCCUUCCUGCUGAAGAGACAGAGGUCCCAGGAAAAGAAAACAGUGUCAACAUCAUCCUCAAAACUACAGUGACCAAGACCGGCAUUUACAGCUGUGUAGUUACACAAGAGGGAAUUUGUCAUCAGGCCAUUGAUGAGGUCACUGUGCACAUCACUGGUGAGUUUUUUUUUUUCCUGUAACAACAUGUCAAGAUACUUUUGAAUAUUUUCAUGUAUUGAGACAAAACACCACAAGUUGCUUGAGUUCAGUUGCCAGUUAUAUGGAGACAACUUUUAUCUCUCAAAAUUAUUGUACCCUUUCUUUAAGGUUACAAUGUUUGUAGGUUAUUCCAAUUUCUGGUUUAUUAUUUAAGAAGGAUCAACUCAAUUUAAAAGGUGUUUCAAGAGAUGAAGUUAAUCUGGCCAACCACAAAAAUGUUUGAAACCAUUAAACAAAAAAAAAAAAAAAGAAAAAAUUAUCUCUACAGCAUAUGACCCCAGUGAAAUAGAGCAUAAUAGAGAUUUUAUUAAAAAUGAAAAUGCUUCGAAAUUGGAUUUAUCAGAUGAUUUAAAUGUGAAUGACGGAAAUGUAUAAAUGACUAUUGCAGAGCAGUAUUGAUAAAUGAUCAGUAUAAAAAUAAUGUUAAAGACAGAGUGUUGCACAGCUGUAUAAUUGCAGUUUAACUUCAGUGCUACUCUGAUGACAAUACGUUCAUGAUUAAAAAUGUUCAACUUCUCAGAAUCCAAUACAGACAUAGAUUAGUUCACAUUCAGCUGGAAGUCCCCAUUAAAGAGUAAUGAGCAUCAUUAAUGUCUGUUUGGAUGAACCUCAGUGAUUUUACACUCACACUAAAUGAGCUGUUAAUGACCUGCAGUGACAUUUCCAGAAUAAGGUUUGUUUUUUACAAUUCUCUCAAAAGUAUGAAGACAGAAAUGAUGAACAGAGAAGUGUUGAUCAGUGUUAAAUAACAUCUCAACACCUUAUUUAAUCAUUUAUAUUAAACCAUAAAAAGCACAUGUAACCUCAGGUGACUCCACAGUUUCUUCACUGCCUUGUCCUCUGGAUGUGAUUCCUGAUACAAGUCUCCUCUAUUUUUCUAUACCAGGUUUACGUGAUAAUGAGUUACAAUUUCUGCACUAAUGUGAGCUACACCAAACAUCUUUUUGCUGGUAGAAGAUCUUAACGAAAAGUUACCUCACACCAAGUACCAAAAACACAAAAUAUGACCUGGUUACAUUAAAAUAAAGAUAGAGGAUUGUUAACAUAAUGACUAAAGUAUAAUUGAAUCCUUUUUGUUGAGGAAUGUGUCACUAAUGCAUUAAUGCUGUUACUCAGAAUCGUUCAGUCCUGUCUUCAGUUGUCCUCUCAGUGUAGACAGCAUGAAUACACAUAAUGGUCAAAUUUACACAUUCUUGCAGACAUUAAUCUAAAAAGAAAAACACCUGCUUCUCCAUGACUCAGUGUCAGAACUGUUAAUGGUAUUUUACUUGUCAACUUAUUUCUGUAGUUUUAUUCAAACUGGGUACAAGAGAAAAAUAUAACAACAAUGUAGUCUUAAAUUGAAUUGAAUAAAGACAAGUUACCACAAAGUAUGUUCACAAAGUAGAGAGAUUACAUUAUACUUUAAAAGUUUAUAAAGCUUUUUUGUGUAAGAUGAGUUUAUUAAUUCACUUGAUGUAUCUAUUAACUGUAGAGGAGAGAAAGUGUAGUUUCUAUCUGAGAUGAUGUAAAGAAAAUGCAGCAGCAGAAAAACCUGAAACCAAAAAGAAACAACCAUGAACUGAAUAAAUCGAUUGAACACAAAGUGGAAGUUUUCCACUCAAUAAAUCAAAUUAAACUUGAGGAGACCUGAGUAUUAUGACUGUGUUUAUAACAACAUUUUGAUGAAGUCAGCUGGAGCUUUAAUUAGCUGUCAAAUAAUCUCACAUAAAUCGAUGAUCUUGAAGUGAUGAGUGAAUCAGUAAGUUUGAUGUGAUUCUAUGUAAAUAUAUUUUCUGACAUUGAAAGUGUAAAGAUUCAGGUGUUGUCCAAACGUCAUCAUGGUUUCUGUGUUUCUUAAUUUUAUGAGUCAGAAAAGUCUGUACAGCUGUAAAUCUUUAUGAACUGUAAGUUAGAUGUGACCUAAACUCAAAUAUAGCUCCUAUGCGUAAUUGAUGUUUACAUGAUACUUAAUCUUGAUAAUGUUAAACUGAAUUUUAAACACACGUUUACAGGUCUAAUGUUUUUUUGUUCUUCCUUUUGUGUUUACAGGGCCAGAAAAGACACCUGGUAAGACUCUUCCUUUUGUUUCCUGUCAAAGUGAUUCAUGUUCUGUGUGUUUUUGUUUAUUUAACAUUUAAAGUGUGUUCAGACUGAAGCAAAACAAAGUGGGAUGAAGACGCUGUUCAGUAUUUUUCAGUCUCAGUAAAAGUUUAAUUUCAAACUGACUGAACUUUGUGAAUUAAAAGAGGAAGAGUUUGAUAGACGAGAGGAAACUAACAGAGAGAUUUGUAGUUUAUGAUAAUUAAUCUGAUCAGACACACAAAAUCAGGAUCAUCAUUUAAUCUGUAGAGAUUUUAUCAGAAGAGAACAAAAAGGAUUUCACAUUUUUAGAAAAGGAUCAAAAGUGUUGAAUGUGUUUGUGAUUUGACUCCAUCUUGAUGUGGUUGGAGAGACUGAGAGGCUGAAAGCUGAAAAUGAUCCACUGAUGGAGUCUGGACUCUGGUGGUGCUGAGGGGAGGAUGCAGGAUGAACUGAGGAGCUGGACUGAGACUGAGGAGGAGGAGGAAUCGAUUUGAGGAGUAACUCAGUGAUCAAACUGAAACGAUGACAGAGAGAGAGAGAAACAGAGAGAGAGAGAGAGAGAAACAGAGAGAGAGCAGCAGCAAGAUGGUUGUUGAAGACGGUCGCUCUGAUUGGUUAAGUGCUUAAAGAGAAAACACCCAUGAUCAGCUGAUCACUGCAGCAGGAAGAGACAGAGAGAGAGAUGACUAAAUGAAGACUCAGUGAAUGAAUGAAUAUAACCCAGUCUGCUACUUAAACUUCUGCUGAGCUUCAUUCAUAAUCAGCUGUUGUGAUCCUGAUCCUGAAGACCCACAUGUGAAAACCUUUGAGGUGAAUUUAGAGACUGAAGACGUCAGAGCAGCGACUUCUGGAGUCUUAGAGAGAAAAACAGGAUGAAGUUAGAAACAUGAUCCAAUAUUUGUCUCUAAAACACACUGAGGUUCUCUGAGAGUUCAGUAGAUAUGUUCAUAUGGACCUGAAUAUAAGAAGACCCCCUUCUCAAGACUAACUUUUAGACUCCAUCAGGACCAAGUCUUGUUUUUGUGAAGAAACUAAAUCUAACUGAUAAUUAUAAUAAAACAAACUCAUUAAAUAAAACAAGAGAGGCUGAUCAGGGUUUCUGCAGACCCAUAAAAUUCAUUAAAAAGUAGAUUUUACAAAUUUAAAGCUGUAAAAAAAAAUGUGUAAAAAGUAUUAAAUUUUCGAUGACACUUUGAAACAUGCCUGAACACCUCAUGAAAUCCUUUAGUCAGUGUUUUAUGAUUUUAUAUAUUAAUCUUUCUUUAUUAAUAUUCACAUGACAGUUCACAGCACAUCCAGAAGUGUUUAAUGUUCACAUUCAUAAAUCAAAGAAAAAGAGGAAGAGAGAGGAAGAGGAGAAAAUGUCAGUUCAAGGAAAUUUGUCUGAAGGAUGAAAAACACAGAGAAUAAAAGUCAGGAGGAAACAACAAUGGUGAGACAACAUGUGAGAAAAGAUCUUAAAAACUUUGAUUCAGAGUUUAGUUUGAAUACAAAGUUUGUUCUGCUCUGUAAACUGGUCUCCUUUUCUCUGUGAGGGUCUUAAAAAGUCCUAAAUCUGAUUUUAAAAAGUGCACAUCAACCCUGGUUGUUUUAAACACCUUUUACAUUAAAUCAUGUUUUCAGUUUCUUUUGAAAUGAAAUCGUCACAUUUGAAUAAAUUCAGAAAGUCCACAUGUGUAAAUGGAGCUGCUGUGGUCAUAAUAUUUAGAGACUCUCAAAGUUGAAAUAAUAACCCACAGUCUGUUGGAUGGUGGACAGUUUGGUCAAAGUGUGUCUUUGCUCAGUUUUUCAGCUCACAGGUCUUUGAAGAUGAUCUCUUUGUGCUCAUUACAUUUGAUUACUCCACAUCUUGUUACUGUCGGACAGUUGUUUAGUGUCUCUGCUGCGUUCAUAACCGUUUUCUGCACUAAUGCAUCAUAACUCCACCUCAGCUGUUGAAGAAGUCUUCCUUCUUUGGGACGUCUUUGCUCUGAUCUCUGUGUCUCUCCAUCUUUCAUCCCCCUGGUGUUGUAGCUGUGAUGGUUGGUUUGAGUCAUGAGGGGUAAACUUGCUCUGCAGAUGAGUGUCUCCAUCCUCUGCUGUGAUGAUUAUCGGUGUUUCAUGUCCUCCGUUAUCUGCUGUUGUAAAUGUUUGUGUUUAGUCUCUUCAUGAAGGUGUUUAUAGAUGAACAGCUCCAGCAGGUUUCAGGAACAGCUGAACCUCAAAUCCAGCUCGUACUGGUCUUUGUUUACUAAGGAGUCAUCAGUGAAGUGGUGAGCAUAAACAGCUUCAUUGUUGUCCUGAAAACAUCAAAUCUUCUGGCUGUUUUCUGGAGUUUUUAUCUUUGGGAAGAGAAAACAGCUCAGACUUUCCUUCACAACCACAAAAACACUUUGGAUCAACGUUCAGAGACAUACUGAGUCAGCAAAGAGCAGAGAGGAGCUUUGACAUGGACUUUCUAUGUGAGGGAAUAUUUAAAGGAGCUGCUGGGUGGACAUGUCCUCCAACAUUGUCCUGAUAGGACCACAGAUCCUGAAGUCAGGUUUCAGGACCAGUCUGGCAGAGUUUCUGAAACAGCUGAUCAGAGAAGACGAGACACACGUCUGUAAAUCACACCAACGUCUGUGUGUUUUCAAACUUUAUGGAGGUUUAGUGAAGACUUCCUACAUCCUAACAUCAUAUUUAUAUAUUUAAAUACAUGAAUAAAAACUGUCUUAUAUUGAGGUCACUUCAGUAGUAAGUCUGAUUAUAUAUAAAGAGAGUGUUUUGGUUGUUGCUGGAAUUUACAGCAGCUAAUAUAAAAACCAAACCUCAAAGUCAGCAAAAUCUGUCUAAAGUAGUUCACCAUGCUUUAAAAGUUUAAGUUUUAAAUGUUUAUUAAAUCUUUACAUUUAAAGAUCAGAGCAGGUUAUAUGUAGUGAUUGUAAAGUUUUAUAAAGUCAAAGUAUUUCCUCCUCCAGUUCAGUCAAGUUCAGAUAAAAUGAGCACAUAGAUCCAGAUCUUCUGCUGCAGUUGUCUCAAAUUCAGACUUCAUGAAGAGCAGCUGGUCUCAGAAACAGGAUGAAGGUCCAACAUCCUCCUCCUCACUGCUGAGAGCAAAACCCAAACCAAGCUGUGAGCUGAGCAGCCGAGCAAACUGAGAAACUGAGCAUUAGAUCAGAGCGAACAUCACUGUUGCUGAUCACACACACACACACACACACACACACACACACACACACACACACACACACACACACACACACACACACACACACACACACACACACGCUCCUGCAGUUCUUCUCCGUGUGUCACCUCCAACCUGCUCUCUAUCAAAUCAGUACACUAACUGAUACACUAACCCUCUGUUUUCUGUUUCAGGAAUCCCUUAUGGAUGGAUUGUUACUGUUGGAGUUCUUGCUGUUGCUCUUUUUGCAUCAUUUGUUGCUGUAUGUUACUUCAAAAAUAAACUUGAAGGUAAAUUCAAAUAAUUUAUUGUAUCAAGGCACUAAGAAUAAUGUGAAAAACUGUCUUUGCUAAUAUCUCUUUUUGAGAGUAUCCAGUAGUCUUAUUUUCUGAGUCAUGUAAUAUUAUUUAGAUUCAGAGUCAGAUCUGCUCAGCUGUGAAUUUCCUGAAUGUAACUGACUUUUAUUCUUUUAAACCUACAGGAAGAACAGCAGUCCCCCAAGGAGAACAUUAA